AUAUUAAUACGCAUACUACUCUCCGUGCUCUCACUUUCAUUUCAAAAACUUCCAGAUUCCUCUUCUUUUGUCUCUUUACCUUUCUCUUCAAUGGCCACUGACACCGAUAAGCUCACACAACUCAAAUCUUCCGUUGCUGGCCUCAGCCAAAUCAGUGAGAAUGAGAAGAAUGGAUUCAUCAAUCUCGUUGCCCGCUAUCUCAGUGGCGAGGCUCAACACGUGGAGUGGAGCAAGAUCCAAACGCCCACUGAUGAGGUGGUGGUUCCUUAUGACACCUUGGCACCUGCUCCUGAAGUUCCAGCGGAAACCAAAAAGCUCUUAGAUAAGCUUGUUGUGUUGAAGCUCAAUGGAGGUUUGGGGACAACAAUGGGCUGCACUGGUCCAAAGUCUGUUAUUGAAGUUCGUAAUGGUUUGACUUUUCUUGACUUGAUUGUUAUCCAGAUUGAGCAUCUCAACUCCAAGUAUGGGUGCAAUGUUCCGUUGCUUCUUAUGAACUCAUUCAACACUCAUGAUGACACAGCAAAGAUUGUAGAAAAAUACUCCAAAUCAAACGUCCAGAUUCAUACUUUUAAUCAGUUAGGUGCAACUAUAACACAGUUCCUUUGCAUUUAG